CACGUGCCUAUUUAUUUUAGCCCAUCGCUCUUCAUCCCCGCUCCGUCCGUGUACCGGAAUUUUGACACGGAACCAUUCUCGCCGACCUUCUCAAUCACAAAUAUACACGCACGUCAGGCAUAAGCACUCCUUACUCGACAGGGAAAACGGCUCCCCUGCCAGGUAGUAUAAGUGCGCGAUCGAUAUGCACGAUAAGUAGUAUCAUUCGACACGAUGCCCUCAGACGCUACGACUGCCACUGCUACUCCUCUCCGCAUUACGAUCGUUGGCGCCGGGCUGGGCGGUCUUGCUGCUGCCGUGGCCCUGCGGCAGAUCGGGCACAUUGUACAGGUGUUCGAGCGAACGGCGAACAAGACGGAGGUCGGCGCGGCGCUGUUGCUGCAGCCGAGCGCCAUGCGCGUGCUGAAGCAUCUCGGCGUUCAGGAGGAGAACUUGAAAGGCGUAUAUCUGCGUGGGGCGAGUGGCCAACCCUUGGGUUCGACCACGACUCUGACACCCUUCUGCGCGCAGAUGAUCAGCUUCGACGUUCUGACUGGAGAAGAGACCGAGAUUAGAUUCAUGCCAGACGGUGAACGUGUAGAGAACCAGGCAAGUUUCCGUUGCCUCCGCUCCAUGCUCUCUGGAAUGACGAUCCCGCAGUUGGUUUUGGCGUGCCACCGGACCGACAUCUACGAAGAACUCAAACGCAUCGCGCUCCAUCCGGACCUAGGCCUUCCGCCCGUGGCUAUGCGCUUCGGAUGCAAAGUGUCGUCUUGCUCACCGGAAGCAGGAGAUGUGGUGCUUGAAACCGGUGAGACCGUGCACGCGGACCUAGUUCUGGGGGCAGAUGGAAUCCAGUCACUUAUCCGGACGCAUGUACUCGGUUACGUUCAAGAAGCGCCGCCCAUCGGGAUCACUUGCUGUCGCGCGGUGUUCAAAGCACCGCCAACGGAUGUCAGGUUCUCAGGUCUAGAGUGGUUCACAGAGGGUACCGUUGGCAUUCGAUCUAUCCCCUGGAAAGGCCUGCCUUUCCGCAUGAUUCUGUGCUAUCCGUGCAGGAACGGGGAGCUCAUUAACUCUGUUCACUUUUUCACGGAAACGGAAGAGGAGAAGAAGGACGUCUCGCACCCAAUCUCGACUCCGACGAUCACCGCAGCCGAAGUGCGUGCCAAGUUCGCCGACUACGACCCCAAAUACCACCGCCUGCUGGACCUUCCUGACCAUACCGGUCAAAUAUACCGCUGGCGAUUACGCACGGUCCCCGCGCUCCCGACGUGGUGCAAAGGUCGCACUGGGAUUCUGGGCGACGCAGCCCACGCGACACUCCCGUUCUUAGCACAGGGCGCAGCAAUGGCGAUCGAGGACGCGGGUGUCCUCGCGGGCCUGCUCCCCCUCGGCACUACGCGCGAGGACAUCCCUGCGCGGCUGGCGGUGUGGGAGGGUAUCCGGAAGCCGCGGGCGGAGUACGUCAACAACAUGUCGAUCCAGCAGGUGGAUGCUAUCAUGGCUGGAAAAGAAAACGAGGCGCAUGUCCGAGAAGAUACGCGCACCAAGUUGGCCGACUACAAUGCGAUUGCAGUUGGCCGACAGGCUUAUCAGGACACGUUUGCUGGCGGACGGAAGGUCUGAAUUUAGAGGCAGAGACAUCAAGGGAGCCUCCAAUCCAAUCCCAUUUUCACUACACGCUUUGUGAUCUGAUUCGUCUUGAGGAGAGACGGCCGAGUGCUACGGAAUUACUUAGACAUGUCAUAUAUAGCCCUGCGUUGUGACGGUCGCAUCCUUUGGCGUUGGCCUUUAUGACACAGGCUUUCAAAUCUAUCGGUUAUUACAGUGA